CGAGUUCCAGCGGCGGAACGGAGUGGGUGGGGCCGGAGUGCCCGGCCCCCGCCCCUCCUCCCUCCCUUCCUCCCUUGCCUUCCAGGUCCCCCGCCGGCGACCCGCCGGCAGGCACUGCCUGGUCUGCACCACUUGGGGCCGGAUCCCCGCGAAGCGGCCAGAGGGGCGGCCCGGCGCACCGAGCCGGGGCCCCGGAGCGCCCCUAGGCCCUCCCUCCUCCGCGCGGGGGCGGCGCAGAGCUGGAGCAUCCGCGGGGUCCCAGGCACCACUGACCGCCUCGGGCAGCGGCGCACUCAGCGGCUCCCCACGUGCCCGCGCCCCGUGGCGGGGGCGGCGGCGAGAUGGCGGCGCGUGUCGGCCUCCUGCUGCACGCCCUGCCGCUGCUGCUGUGGGGCGGCCUGGACGCCCAGCUCGCCGAGCGCGGAGGCCAGGAGCUGCGCAGGGAAGCGGAGGCAUUCCUGGAGAAGUACGGAUAUCUCAAGGACCAGGUUCCCAAAGACCUCACCUCGACAAGAUUCAGCAAUGCCCUCAAAGAGUUCCAGUGGGUGUCCCAGCUGCCCAUCAGUGGCGUGCUGGAUACUGCCACCUUGCGCCAGAUGACACGGCCCCGCUGUGGGGUUGCAGACACAGACAGUCAGGCAGCCUGGACGGAGAGGAUCAGUGCCUUGUUUGCUGGACGCCUGGCCAGAAUGAGGCGGAAGAAACGCUUUGCAAAGCAAGGCAGCAAGUGGUACAAGCAGCACCUCUCCUACCGCCUGGUGAACUGGCCGCAGCACCUACCCGAGCCGGCAGUUCGUGGGGCUGUUCGAGCUGCCUUCCAGCUGUGGAGCAAUGUCUCAGCGCUGGAGUUCUGGGAGGCCCCAGCCACAGUCCCCGCUGACAUCCGCCUCACCUUCUUCCAAGGGGACCACAACGACGGACUGGGCAACGCCUUUGAUGGCCCAGGGGGCGCCCUGGCGCACGCCUUCCUGCCCCGCCGUGGCGAAGCGCACUUCGACCGCGACGAGCGCUGGUCCCUGAGCCGCCGCCGCGGGCGCAACCUGUUUGUGGUGCUGGCGCACGAGAUCGGCCACACGCUCGGCCUGGCCCACUCGCCCGCGCCGCGCGCGCUCAUGGCGCCCUACUACAAGAGGCUGGGCCGCGACGCGCUGCUCAGCUGGGACGACGUGCUGGCGGUGCAGGACCUGUAUGGGAAGCCCCAGGGGGGCUCAGUGGCCAUCCAGCUCCCAGGAAAGCUGUUCACUGACUUCGAGGCCUGGGACCCCCACAGAACACAGGGAAGGCGCCCUGAAAUUCAGGGUCCUAAAUAUUGCCAUGCUUCCUUCGAUGCCAUCACUGUAGAUGGGCAACAGCGACUGUACGUUUUUCAAGGAAGCCGCUUCUGGGAGGUGACACCGAAUGGCAAUGUCUCUGAGCCACACCCACUACAGGAGAGGUGGGCAGGGCUGCCCCCCCACAUUGAGGCUGCUGCAGUGUCACUGGAUGAUGGGGACUUCUACUUCUUCAAAGGGAGCCGAUGCUGGAGGUUCCGGGGCCCUAAGCCAGUGUGGGGUUCACCACAGCUGUGCCGGGCAGGAGGCCUGCCCCGCCACCCAGACGCGGCCCUAUUCUUCCCUCCUCUGGGUCGACUGAUACUCUUCAAGGGUGCCCGCUACUACGUGCUGGCCCGCGGUGGACUGCAGGUGGAGCCCUACUACCCCCGAGGCCUGCAGGACUGGGACGGUGUCCCUGAGGAGGUCAGUGGCGCCCUGCCCCGGCCCGACGGUUCUAUCAUCUUCUUCAGAGAUGACCGCUACUGGCGCCUUGACCAGACCAAACUGCAGGUGACGGACUCGGGCCGCUGGGCCACAGAGCUGCCCUGGAUGGGCUGCUGGCAAGCCAACUCGGGGGGUGCCCUAUUUUGAAGAUGCCCCCACCUCUUAGUGAACUGAUGCCCUAUGGCCAACGUGUGUCCCCUGCCCCAGGGGCAAGCCCUGUCUUGGAAGCCUCUGAGCCUCCCUGCAGAAGACCAGACCACGUCUGCGUCUGUUCCCUGAAGAAUGUGCUCUCAAGACAUUGAACAUUGUGGGAUCAAUCCAGGCAGAAGCCGAAAAGGGUCUCAAACCUUUCCCCAAAGGACUUUCCUCCCUAAGCCUUGGGGAUUUUGUUCCUUCUGCUAAAGGUGCACUUCCUGUCCAUGAGGCCGUGGCACUGGGCAACUGGGGAGGAUGUAAAACUCCAUGGAGAGGUUGCGACCACUUGGCAACCUCUCCUUCCCCUCAGGACCUUCUGGCUCAGUUCUUGGAGAAUUGUCUUAAAUGAGAGGCCUCACCUCCAGGAAGCUUGGGUGGGUUGGGUACAAGGAUUUCCAACCUCAGAGAGCCUUGGGUGGGAGGGAAGGGGGUGGUUAGGACCCAGAACAAGAGGGAGACUGAUGCAGGCCUGCUGGGCCUGACUUUUGGUGGGGGGUGGGGAGGCUGGAAUAAAGAGGUGCCCCCCACCCCCAGCUUCUGGGCCUGGAGGCGGGCAUCAAUCUUCCUUGGGAUGGUUGCCAGUGAAGAACAGGUGGGGCACGAAUGCUGGAGACGCUGGAACCAUGUUCUUUCAUCCAAGCCAA